GCUGCUCAGUGAAGAUGGCGGACUGUAUACGUGUUCCUCAAAUGUUGCUGGUGUUGUGCAUCUUUUCAUUAGCACUUCAACUUCGAGGUGAAAUCACCGGCGUCGGCAAAGUCGUUGCUAAUGCUGACAGCCCCCCAAAUCCCGCCGCAGUUUUGGGACCCUUGGUAAACCCAGGAGCUGCUGACAGGAAUCAGGGUGCGGGGGCCUUGAUAACUCGGAGGCGCUUUGCCGGCUGGAAGUUAUCUGAUGAGGCGGCCUGUAGGGAGGAUUUGACCCGACGUUGUCCGAAACAUUCCUGGAACAACAACUUGGCGAUAUUAGAGUGUCUUCAAGACAAAAAAGAGGAUACCGAAAUUGCUGCUGAAUGCAAUCAUCUGCUGUGGAACUAUAAGUUGAACCUCACCACUGAUCCAAAGUUUGAGUCUGUGGCUGUUGAAGUCUGCAAGACGACAAUCUCUGAGAUUAAAGAAUGUGCUGCAGAGGAGCUGGGGAAGGGCUUCCUUGUCUCCUGUCUGGUGGAUAACCGUGGUAACAUCACUGACUACCAGUGCAACCAGUACAUCACUAAGAUGGCCAGUAUCAUCUAUAGUGAUUAUCGAUUGAUCUGCGGCUUCUUGGACAAAUGUCGGGAUGACAUCAAUACUCUGCACUGUGGAAGCAUCAGCACUGGAGAGAAGGACAUCCAUUCACAGGGAGAAGUGAUUGCCUGUCUGGAGAAAGCUUUAGUUCGUGAGAAUGAGGAGCAACUAGGUGCACACCACAUCAGGGACGACUGUAAGAAGGCUAUCAUGAGAGUUGCUGAACUCUCUUCUGACGAUUUCCACCUCGACCGGUACCUGUACUUAGCCUGCAGGGAUGACCGUGAACGGUUCUGUGAAAAUACACCAGCUGGGGAGGGCAGAGUUUACAAAUGCCUCUUCAAUCACAAGUUUGAGGAGGCAAUGUCUGAGAGGUGUCGCGAGGCGCUGACUACUAGACAGAAGCUGAUUGCCCAGGACUAUAAGGUGAGCUAUUCGCUCGCCAAAGCUUGCAAAUCGGACCUGAGGAAGUACCAUUGCAACGUGGACACAAACAUGCCUCGAGCCAGGGAAACUCGUCUUUCCUACCUUCUGCUGUGCCUUGAGGCUGCUGUACAUCGAGGUCGAGUCUUAAAUGGUGAAUGUCAGGGAGAAAUGAUGGAUUACAGGCGGAUGCUGAUGGAAGAUUUCUCCCUAAGUCCUGAGAUUGUGCUGCACUGCCGCAGUGAAAUUGAGAAUCAUUGCUCUGGUUUGCAUCGGAAAGGUCGGACACUGCAUUGCCUGAUGAGGGUUGGCCGAGGAGACAUGGGAGCCAUUGAAACCAAAUGUCAGAAAGAACUUCAGGCACUGAUUCAGGAAGCAGAUCCAGGAGGCGACUAUCGGAUCGAUAGGGCACUUAAUGAGGCAUGCGAAUCUGUCAUCCAGACGGCCUGCAAACACAUCCGCAAUGGAGACCCCAUGAUCCUAUCUUGUCUGAUGGAGCAUCUGUACACUGAGAAGAUGGUUGAGGACUGUGAACAUAGGCUGCUGGAGCUCCAGUACUUCAUUGCCAGAGAUUGGAAGCUGGACCCAAUUCUGUACAAGAAAUGUCAAGGGGAUGCUGCCCGACUCUGCCACACUCAUGGCUGGAAUGAAACCAGUGAGGUGAUCCCAGCUGGUGCCAUUUUCUCCUGCCUGUAUCGCCAUGCUUAUCGCUCAGUGGAGCAAGGAAGAAGGCUCUCCAGGGACUGCAAGGUGGAGGUACAGAGGAUUCUUCACCAGAGGGCACUAGACGUGAAGCUAGAUCCUGAGCUACAGGGACGUUGUAUGACUGACCUGGGGAAGUGGUGCAGUGAGAAAACUGAGUCCGGGCAGGAGUUGCAGUGUCUGCAGGAUCAUCUGGAAGAUUUGGUGUCAGAGUGCAGAGAUGUUGUGGGAAACCUGACAGAGCUUGAAUCAGAGGAUUUUCAGAUCGAGGCUCUAUUAAUGCGAGCUUGUGAACCUGUAAUACAAACCUACUGCCAUGAGGUAGCUGACAAUCAGAUUGACUCUGGUGACCUAAUGGAGUGUUUGGUUCAGAACAAACAUCAGAAGGAGAUGAAUGAAAAGUGUGCAGUGGGAGUCACACACUUCCAGCUGAUUCAGAUCAAAGACUUCCGUUUCUCCUAUAAGUUCAAGACUGCCUGCAAAGAGGAUGUCCUCAAGCUUUGCCCCAACAUUAAGAAGAA